AUGGACCUAAAAAUGGAUCAGGAUGAUCCAUUUAUGAAUUCAAAUGUGUUUAAUGUCAAUGACAUUGCCGAAAUCGAAGAUUUUCUCAGUGGUUGUGAUGGAGAUUUCAUGAGAACUUUAGAAGACGAGUUAUCUAGAGUAGAUAAUGAUCCACUAUUACUCAGUGUUGACACAAAAAUUAAAACAGAAGUUGCUACGCAGCCUCAAAUUUCACCAUGUUACAAUCCUACUGGUAACCCAAUGGUUGCUCAGUAUACCCACAGACCUAAACCGCAGCCAGUUACCACUCCGCAAGUGAAGAGUAGCCCUGUUCAAGGCGUUUACGCCAGAGAAGAGAGCUAUAAUUUGCGUAUUAAUGAUAAUACAACUUUGCCUGACGUCACCCAGCAUGGGCAAAACAGAAUACCAUCUCAAACCCCCAUGAUUGUUCAGCAGAUUGUACAGAGUCCUCUAUAUGUUAAUUUGGGGGCUACAAAUUUACAACAAACACCCGAAGGCAGGACAUCUUUAUUACAACUAGAUGGGACAACUCAGGUGACUCAUCCUAGUAAACCUAAGCCUGCAUCAAACCAGCCUCUUAUAAUACAGAAUAACCCCAAAACAGUGACUCCACUUAUCAUAAAAACUUCUGAUGCAAGUUUUUCUCCAGUUGUGUUGCAGUCAAAUAUUAAUGCUGAGGCACAAACUUUUAUAUAUACAAGUGCUCCUGUACAAGGAACAACUCAAAACAUUUUUACCAAUACUAAAGGCACUACGGAAAAUAGACCGUUACACACAUUUUUCAGCAGUAACAAUGGACCAACACUUUUAACUGGUAUACCAGUAGUACUACAAGAAGGUAGUGAAAAGAUAGCUUUAAGUCAGGCACCAAAUAUGGGAGGUAUGCCAAAAGUAAAGGAAGUAAAACGAAGUGCUCACAAUGCAAUUGAGCGGCGUUACAGGACUAGUAUUAAUGAUAGAAUAGUUGAAUUGAAGAACAUGCUAGUUGGAGAAGAAGCAAAGUUGAAUAAAUCGGCAAUAUUGCGGAAAACAAUAGAUUAUAUUAAGUACCUGCAGAAUCAAAAUACUCGUUUAAAACAAGAAAAUAUGGCUUUGAAGCUUGCCUUCCAAAAAUCUGGAGUGAAGGAACCACAGUUUGAUGUCACUUACACACCACCUCGGAGUGAUAUCUCGUCGCCGUCGAGUUCUCCACAUGGAUUUGAUAGCGAUUCACCUUCAUCUCCUGAAUAUAAGGUUGAAGAUAAAUAUUCUACUAAGAUUGUAAUGGGAAUGGGAGAUCAUUCUCGCCUCGCGCUAUGUGCGUUUAUGGUGGGUUUGAUAGCUUUCAAUCCAUUCAGUACGUUCUUCGGCAACUUAAUGUCGGAGUCGUAUGUGACGGACUUUUCGGCGAGAGUUGAUCAACGGAAAAUAUUGGCAGAUGAUGGUUUUGAGUCCAGUGGAGUAUCAUGGGCCACAUGGCUUUUCACAACAUUCUUCAUUUAUUUUAUCAAUUUCUUCAUACUGGGAGGAUGCCUCGUAAAGUUAUUGGUGUAUGGAGAUUCUGUUCCGAAAUCCCAGUCCAAAGAAGCUGGCCUGUUCUACAAACAUAAACGACAAGCUGAUAAUUUUCUGAAAAAGGGUGAUUUAACUAACGCGAGACUAGAGUUACAUCGAAGUUUGGCGAUAUGUGGCAAGAGCGUGCAAGGCGGCUACGAGGGGCGCGCUAAAUAUCCGGCUCUUAUUGCAGCUGUGCUCAGGCAAAUUUUACAAAGGCUACCGUUUGGCGCUUUUCUGGCAAGGCGUGCAGGCGACCUUUGGAGUGACAGCCCUGCGAGACGAGCAACCCAACACUGGGCAGCCGAAGUGGCAACAGUUUCUCACCGGCUAGCACAAUUGGAUAUUCUGGCAAAUCACAGUGGCCGCAGUGAGCGUGUUCUCUUAGCUCUGCAAGCGGUGAAUUUGGCAGAAGUUACUGGAAACAGACACCUGUUGGCAGAUACUUAUGUUACAGCUGCAUUAGUGUUUAAAGACUAUGUUCCAAAAAUUGGCAAUCGAUUGUGCGGGUACUAUCUCCGCCUGUGUGGCGUUUGGUGCACGGACUCGCUGUCGGAGUGGCCCGUCCGGCUGCGCUGGGUGGGCAGCCCCCGCGGCAUGAAGUUCUUGCGCACGCGCCGCUGGUCCUACGAGCGUAACCCUACAGCGGUCGCACUCUUCUGUCGACUCCCGGACCCUGCCGAUCCACUUGCGUAUGCUAUGAGGGCUUACCAUUUAGAACUCCUCCAGAAAGCUCUACAAGUGCUCCUAUGUGCUGACGAACGUAGCAACACACGCGAUGUACUCGAGUUGAUUAAAUUGAUCACCGAUGAUGUAUCCACAGAUGCGCCCCAUCAUACAGGAUGCUGGGAUCCAGUAAUGGAAUGGUGGGCGAACAUUGUCGGUGUAGCAGCGACAUGGUUGCUGGCUGACACUGGCAAGGCUAUCGAGAUCGGUGAUCGUCUGAACAUGUUGCCCGAACCGCUGGCCAAUUGUGAAGAUCCCCUUCCUGGGGCACUGCAUAUGGCAUACAAAAGCCGUCGUGGCCUGUUGAGCCUCGCUCAGUGUCGAGAUGAAGACUCCUUCCAUCGGACGGCUCAAACGAUACUCAAGGUGUGCGACAUCGCUGGAACCAGGUUAGCUGAUUCAUUGGCUUACUACUGUUGCCGAAAGCCGACGCAGUUGAUGCUGUUAAUGCAAGUAUUAUGCUGUGACUGGGUGUUGGAGGUCCGCGCCGGCGUGUGGGAGGCGAGCGCGCCCGCGCCCGCCCCGCACGCGCAGCUCCGCGCCUUCCAACGGGACCUGCACUCGCUACGACGUCUCUCACAAAACUUGCCGUGGGUGACAUCUCGAGUAUUCCUGCAGUCGGCAGUUUGCCGGAUGAUGGCCGGAGCUGCACCACGCCGUACGCAACAGUUGUUAGACGGCAGUCUUCGACCGCGAUUUAAUCGUUCCUCUAUUAUUUGUGGCAAAGAGCGAGCCCCGGAGGGCGGCGGCGGCGACGGCGAGCGCGCGGUGGCGCUGUACAUGGCGUGCGCGCACCUGCCCGCCGCGCUGCUGGCCGCGCCCGGCGAGCGCGCCGGCAUGCUGGCGCAGGCCGCCGCCACGCUCGCCAAGAUCGGCCACCGCAGCCGCCUGCCGCACUGCUACCACCUCAUGAAGUCCAUCGGCACCAUGCCCGCUGCGCCCUGA